AUGUUACGGAAGAAACGUGUCAUGUUUGGCGAGCAUCUGGAUCUGGCUAGUUACAAGGAUGGUCAAAGGUAUACUUUGAAUCCACCAGGACGUGCAUACCGUUCCGUUGUAUGGGAUCACUAUAACAUACGCUACCGACUGGCUUUGCUACAAGAAUACUUUGGAUGCUUUGUCGGGGCAAAUGUCUAUCUGACUCCACCAGGCACUCAAGGUUUCGCACCACACUAUGACGAUAUUGAAGCUUUCAUAAUGCAGCUGGAAGGAUCGAAGAAUUGGCGAGUUUAUGCCCCUCGAACUCCAUCAGAAAAACUCCCAAGGGAAUCGAGUCCAAACUUUACACAAGAAGAACUCGGGAAACCAGUAAUGACAGUCACUCUGAAACCCGGUGAUCUGCUCUAUCUUCCACGUGGAUUCAUUCAUCAGGGCACUACUCCAGAUGAUACUCAUUCCCUACAUUUGACCAUCAGUACUUAUCAAAAGCACACGUGGGGCGAUUUUCUGACGAAGCUUUUACCAAUAGCCCUUCGAUCGGCCAUGGAAACCGAUGUGGAAUUUCGUCGUGGUCUGCCUGUGGGAUUUUUACGUCACGUGGGUGGUUUUACAGCUGUACCGGAUACACCUUCCAUGAAAAAGAACAAAGAGGCUUCCAAGUGUGAAGAUGAACUACGUCGUGGUGUUGUGCAACGGCUUCGCCAACUCGCUGAUCGUAUUGAACACGGAAGUCGCUCUGAGAAGCGUGUACUUGAGAAUGCAGACGAUCUAGAAACGGAAUCACCCGAUCCCCUAUUAGUCGCUGCUGAUCACAUGGCGGGCUCCGAUGCUCCGACUCCCAGUGGUGUGAUUGACGUCGUCGAGUUGGAACCGGACACAGAAAUCCGCCUUGUUCGCUGGUCCGCGGUCCGCGCACUACGCACCCGAAUCUCAUCUGAAUCGAGCGUAGACAAUGAGGACGAUAGUGAUGCAGAUGUGUCCGAGGCGAGUAGUACCAAACGGGGAAAGGCGAAAGACGACAAGACCAAUCUCGUGGUAGCCAUGUAUCAUUCGUUGGACAACACAGAUGUGUACAAAGAACGGGAGCUGGAAGAAUUGGCCUUGGAUAUUAAGAUGGAUGCUGCUAUCUCCUUAUAUGAAGCGGGUCUCGUAGUUACACGUUAUCCGUUACCACCUACAGAUGAUGGGGACACCUCGGACGAGGAGGAAGAUGAUGAAGCCUCGGACGAGAGUAUGGUCGAUUCGGAUCAGUUGAAUAGCGAAUCUGACGAUGAACAG